AUGUUUAAAUCACCUCCAUCUCACUCCCCCAAUCAUCCUCAUCAACAAAGUCAUAACCAAUCACAGUAUCACAACAACGUGCCUAGUUACUCUAACGGACCAAAUAUCUCUCAGCAUUCGCAUAAUCGACCAGAGUACCCUCCACCUAUCGGCCGCAACAUACCAGUAGAACAGUUGUUUAGCAUGAUUCCUCCACGUAACGUUCCACAACAAGCUCCUCCGCAAUUUCAACAGCCUCCCAUUCCACCUCAAAUACCAUUUGGUUAUCAACCUCAAACUGAACGCUAUCCUCAACAAAUCCAGUUUAAUGGUCCUUCGAUACCACAUCAUCCUGUCCAUCAUCAUCCAGGAAUGUUGCCACCCGGUACCGAGGCUCUUUUUGCAAACAUGCACGGAUAUGCACAGUUUAUUCCGAACAUUGUGAACAAUGCAAUGGCUCCGAAUAAUAUACCAGGCAUUCCAAAUAGUACGAAUAUACAACAACGUGGGAUGAUGACUUUGGAAGAAAUCGAGAGACAAGGAUUUGGUGGCCGUUAA